GGCUUAAGGCCUCCGUUGUGGACAGUAACAGUGUCAGCUAAGUUUAGCGGUCAGGGUUUUUCCUCUCCGUGGAAGGAGUCUUCUUCUUUUUAUUUUUUUUGCAUCUCACUUCCGUGUUUGCUGUUUCUCCACGAAAAGCUUGAUAUCACUCUCCCCCCAAAAAGCAUACAAGAAAUCAAGUAGGUGUUACUUCCAAGAUGGCCAUGGUAAAGAGUGGCUGGCUUCAUCGACAAAGUACCAUACUGCGUCGAUGGAAAAGAAACUGGUUUGACUUAUGGGCUGACGGACGACUUGUGUUCUACAACGAUCAACAACGGCGCGACAUGGAGGACGACAUCCACAUGAGGGUCAACUGCAUUAACAUCCGCAACUCCGCUGGAUGUCAGGAGCUGAACCCACCGGAGGGAAAGACGCGUGAUGCCUUGUUCCAGAUAGUGUGCAGAGAUGGACGGGUCAUCAGCCUGUGUGCAGACAGUGCAGAUGAUGCUCUGGCAUGGACAAUGGCACUUCAAGAUGCCAGAGUUAAUAUGGUGGUCACUGCUCCUCAGAUCGGCUUUGCACAGGAGGUGAUUGCAUCUGCUCCUCCCCCCUACUCGGAAUAUCCUCCCCAACCGGUUUAUGCCCCAGGCCCAUAUGGAGACUACACUGCACCGCCCCCACAGGCCACACAGGUCGUAUACUCUGCUGAUGGGCAGCCCUACACAGUUGCUUAUCCUUAUCAAUACCAAGGUGGGUACGUUGCUCCUGGAGUGAACCAUGUCAUCAUUCGGGAGCGACAGCGUGACGACGGAGGAGAUGUGGCUUUGGGCAUGCUCGCUGGAGCGGCAACCGGUUUAGCACUCGGCUCUCUCUUCUCUGUAUUCUAGCGUCAGAACUAAUGUACUUCUAGCAGCCAGUGA